GAAGACACCUAAGUGUCCGGAAGAGCAACUGGUGCGACAUUAAUGGACGAGGAACUGUUUAUAUUGGAUAACGUUUUCGACACACUUUUCUUUCCUUUAGUACUCUAGAUAACUUCAAAAACCGCAAGGAUGCCGUUAUUUGCCCCAAAUCCAUUUGAGCAAGAUGUUGAGAAAGCAACCAAUGAAAACAACACAUCAGAUGACUGGGGUCUCAUUAUGGAUAUCUGUGAUAGGAUUGGAACGAUGGCCAAUGGACCGAAGGACAGUCUGAGAGCCAUCAUGAAGCGAGUCAACCACAAGGUGCCUCAUGUUGCCUUGCAGGCCCUCAAUUUGCUUGGUGCCUGUGUGUCAAAUUGUGGGAAAAUAUUUCACCUGGAAAUCUGUUCCCGGGAGUUUGUCAGUGAACUGGUGAAUGUGUUGAAUAGGGCUCACCCAAAGGUGUGUGAAAAGCUGAAGGUUCUGAUGGUGGAGUGGGCAGAAGAUUUCCAGAAGGAUCCACAACUCAGCCUCAUUAGUGCCACAAUCAAGUCACUGAAAGAGGAAGGCACCAGCUUCCCAGCUGCACCCUCACAGGGAUCCAGUGCAAAGGUCAGCUCUCCUGCUGCAAGCAAAGUCUGUGAUGAUGAAGACCUAGCCAAAGCCAUCGAGCUGUCUUUGCAGGAACAGAAGCAGCAGGGAGAAAUGCGACCCCUGGCCUUGUCCUCUGAGCCCCUAAACUACACCAACACUGUUGGGGUGCAGGAAGCCAAGAAAGUGCGAGCAAUCUAUGAUUUUGAAGCAGCUGAGGAUAAUGAGUUGACCUUUAAAGCUGGAGAACUUGUUCUGGUUCUGGAUGACAGUGACCCAAACUGGUGGAAAGGAGAAAACCACAGAGGUGUUGGGCUGUUUCCUUCAAACUUUGUUACAACCAAUCUGAAUGCUGAGCCAGAGAUAGGGGCUUAUGUUGAAAAAGUAGUUAGUCCUGAAGAGAGAAACCUUGAACCCAAUGAGGAGCCAGAGCCUGUUUUCAUCGAUGAGGGGAAAAUGGAUCGAACUCUGGCAUUACUACAGAAUGCAGACCCUGCAGAUCCGACUCCAGACUCCUCAGAGCUGAUCCAGCUGGAGGGUGCAUGUGAGCAGAUGAACCCAAUGAUUGACGAGAAGUUACAGGAGAUAGACAGGAAGCACUCAGAAGUGUCAGAGUUGAAUGUAAAACUUAUGGAGGCUCUGGAACUGUACAACAAGCUGAUGAAUGAGGCUCCCUUCUACUCUGCCUACUCCAAGAUGCAGACGCAGUAUACUGCAUCUGGUGCAGCUGUACCCAUACAGAGCUACCUCGGACAGACCGGCACAACCUACCUCCCUCCAGCAAUCCAACAGUUGCCUUCUGUUCAGCCCUACAGUCUGCCCAGUGACCAGCCUGGACCCUUGCAUUCACUACCCCCCAACAUUUCUGCAUCAUCCAGUAGCCAGGCUUCCCAGCCUACCUAUAUCAGCAGUGGCAUGAAUGCUCAGUAUAUCAACCAAGCUGCUGGAGCCCCUUACCCACAGGCGGGUGUGGCCAUGGACAUGUCGACCUAUCACAACUCCAACAUGCCUCCUGUGUCAUAUCCGAUGGUUGCUCCCUCUCAGUCGGCACCUCAGCAGCAGCCAGCGUAUUAUCAGCAGCCUCUUCUGUAAAAGUGAACAACCGCAAAAGAUACAUCUCCUAAAUGUUUCACUUUGUUGUGGUGUGUUCAUUUGUAUUACUGUGUGUGUGAUUAUUGUGCCUGGCAAACCGAACUGACCACACCUGGAUAAAAUGACAUGAUAGGGGUUUGUCCAUAAUCCAGGUCUUUUGUGUAGUUGAGUCUGGACAGUGUGUUCAUAUCCUCUGUUACUGUGUGUAGGGAUAAUCAUAGCUGCAGCUGCAGGGGCCUUUAUCCUGAACAUUUCUUUUUCCUGGCUGACAUGAAGAAGCUGCUGAUGUUCUCUCGUGCAGUCACAAACCAACACAGAAGAAUGGCCGGGCACACGCAGCAAUGCAGGGUUCACAUAGAGAAAUUGUCUAAUUCUGAAGACAUUCGCAUUUUAAGAUUUAAAUGCAUGACUUUACUGCUGUUGCGCUUCUGCUGCUUUGAGUGUUUUUAAGUUAUUGGAAGGCCUUUUGUCUUGCAGGUUGAAGAGGCUUAAGACUCCACUGCAGUCACUUUGCAGUUUUCUCAAACUCUGUUGUAUGCUUUACCUUCACUACUGCAGUUUUGUGAAAAAAGUGGCGCAGCUUCACUAAAAUUUCCAUAACAAUUGUUCAUUUUGUGAUAAAACCAUAGAACUAGCUAAUAGGAUUAAGAAAUGGAAUAGUUUUGACUGUGUUGAAUGCUUGGUGUCCAAAGUAAAGGUCAAACAGGUUCAACUUCCAUUGGAUUCUAUGACAUAUGUUACCCCAUAACAUCA